AUGGAACUUGAUCUCCCAAUCUUCCCUGUUACCACCCCGAUAUUUGGGUUCACAGGAGGAUCCUUGACUCCGAUCGGACAUGUCAAGAUCCCCGUCACCAUGGGAACACCACCCCGAGCACGUACACAAACUGUCAACUUUGUCAUCGUCGAGGGGUCCACCACCUCGUACAACAUCGUGAUAGGGCGGCCAAUGAUGCACAUCUUCCGGGCGAUCCCCUCGACUAUUCACCAAAAGCUCAAAUUUCCAGUUGACGGAGUAAUAGGAGAAGUCCGUGGUGAUCAAGCUCAGUCACGAUCUUGUUACGUAGAAAUGGUCAAAGUGGCGGAAAAUGGACGACGUGAGAUCUUCACUAAAGAAAAUCUGGGAGACGAGAAGCGCCCUCGAAUUGAUCCGGAAGAUAAAGUCGCUCAUGUACAACCCAUGGACGAGUUGAUGACAAUUAACCUUGGCCCUGGCACGUCGAAGCAGACCCAGAUAAGCAAAGACCUGGAAUCACCCUUUCGAGAUGAGUUGAUAGCAUUAUUGCGAUCUAAUGUAGACAUCUUCGCAUGGCAGCCCAGCGACCUGACUGGUAUCGCACCCCGCACCGCUGUACACAGGCUCAAUUUGCGACCCGAGUGCAAACCUAUCAAACAAAAGCGACGACACUUCGGCAUCGAAAAGGACGAAAUUAUCAAACAAGAAGUCCAACGACUUCUCGAUAUUGGGCAUAUUAGGGAAAUUCAAUUCCCUACAUGGUUGUCCAAUGCGGUGUUGGUGCAAAAGACUAAUGGACAGUGGCGGAUGUGCAUCGAUUUUCGAGACUUAAACAAGGCCUGCCCGAAGGAUGACUAUCCCUUACCCCGCAUAGACCAGCUCGUAGACGCUACCGCCGGAUGCGAGCUACUCAGCAUGAUGGACGCUUCGCAAGGAUACCACCAGAUCCCGUUGGACGAAAGGGACCAACCUGCAGUGAGCUUUAUCACCGCCACGGGCACUUAUUGUUAUGUGGUGAUGCCUUUUGGCCUGAAAAAUGCGGGAGCUACGUAUCAAAGACUAAUGGAUAGGAUGUUUCGGGCUCAGCUCGGACACAAUAUCGAAGUUUACGUCGAUGACAUGCUGGUCAAAAGCAAGAAGUGUUCCACACACCUUGCUGACUUGGCUGAGACAUUUGCCACUCUUCGCCUUUAUGGGAUGAAGUUUAACCCAGCAAAGUGUGCAUUCGCAGUGAGGGCUGGGAAAUUCCUCGGGUAUGUAGUUAAUAGAGAAGGUAUCAAGGUAAACCAAGAUAAAGUCGAGGCGGUACUCCGUAUGACCCCUCCUCGGUCCAUCAAAGAGGUUCAAUCCUUAGCAGGUAAAGUUGUGGCUUUGGCUCGAUUCAUAUCGCGAAUGGCUGAUAAAAGUCUGCCUUUCUUCAAAGUCUUGAGAAAAGCGGCACAGUUCGAAUGGACCGAAGAAUGCCAACUCGCGUUCGAGGCGCUAAAAGUUUCGCUAACUCGCCUGCCCAUCCUUAGCACCCCUGAAAAAGGCGAAACCCUAUUCGUAUAUUUAUCGGUGGGAGACGAAUCGAUUAGUUCGGUCUUGUUCAAGGAAGUAAGUGGUCAACAACGACCGAUUUAUUACAUCAGCAAGAUCCUCACUAACUCGGAAAUUAGGUAUUCAGAAGUUGAGAAAAUAGCAUACGCCCUGGUCCUCACUACGCGGCGAAUCUGGCCUUACUUCUUAUCACACACAAUGGUAAUCCGUACGAGCUUACCACUCCGCCAAACCCUAGGCCAGCCUACGGCAUCAGGGCGAAUUGUUAAAUGGGCAGUCGAGCUAGGACAAUAUGAAAUCCAAUAUCAACCUCGUACCUCGGUUAAGGGACAAGCGUUGGCGGAUUUCAUCCGAGAAACCACUAGGAUACCUAUGGAGAAAGAGUGGAGAGUCUACGUGGAUGGGUCAUCCACAGCGACAGGAGCAGGGGCAGGAAUCAUAGUCAUCGAUCCCACGGGAAUCGAGGUGGAAUUUGCGGUUAAAUUACCACGAGUCUCCAAUAACGAGGCGGAGUAUGAAGCCUUCAUCCGGGGUAUGGAAAUCGCCCAAGAACUCGGUGCACGGGUGGUGCGAAUAAACUCCGACUCUCAAUUGGUUAUACACCAGUUAGAAGGGGAUUACGAAGUGAAGAACGAUAGAAUGAAGGGAUAUGUAAACAAAGCCCAAGCAAUACAAGAAACUUUCGAAGCUUGCACCGUGCAUCAGAUUCCGAGAAACGACAACCAGCGAGCUGACUUCCUCGCUAAAAUUGGGUCGUCGGUCGUCGACUGCGUUGAAAGGAAGAUCUCCAUUCUCAUUGCUCCUACGCCGACACCCGGAAUCAUGAUGAUCGAUGAGGAACCCGAUUGGCGAACACCUUUGUUCGCGUAUUUCAGAGGGGAACGAACCGGUACAACUAGAGAGCAACAUCGCUUAGCAUAUAAAGCCAGACACUUCUACGUGCGACAUGGGAUAUUAUAUAAAAGAAACUUCACCACGGUGGAUGCGAGAUGCUUAGGAAAACAAGAGGUGAAACAUGUCCUGGACGAAGUACACCGAGGAGGAGAAGAAAUGACCAUCAUGAGCGCCCCCUGCCCCUUUGCCCAAUGGGGAAUUGAUCUAGUGGGACCUUUUCCUCAAACCACUGGCAGGAAGAAAUUCCUUAUCGUCGCGGUGGAUUAUUUCACCAAGUGGGUUGAAGCUGAGGCCUUGUCAAAAAUAACAGAGGACGAGGUCAUGCAUUUCAUUUGGAAAUAUAUUUGUUGCCGGUUUGGCCUACCCCGAAGUCUCGUCUCGGAUAAUGGCACUCAAUUCAAUGGCAAAAAGAUUCGCGCGUGGUGUGAAGAGAUGAAAAUCACACAGAAGUUUGUGGCAGUAGCACACCCUCAAGCCAAUGGCCAGGUCGAAUCUACAAAUCGAACCAUUGUCAACGGCUUAAAAAAGAGGAUAGACGAACUAGGAGGCAGCUGGGUAGAUGAGUUACCUUCGGUCCUUUGGUCUUACCGAACCUCGGCCAAAGCAGCUACCGGUGAAACACCAUUUCGGUUAAUCUACGGAACCGAAGCAGUUAUUCCAGUAGAAGUGGCAAUGGAUACACUCCGCAUAGCCACGUUCGAUGAAGAAGCAAAUGACGGUGCAUUGAGAACCCGGCUGGACGAGAUUUUUGACUUGCGAGAAGCAGCCUAUUUACACAUGGAACGAAGCAAGAAUUUGAUCAAGGCCCGAUAUGACCAAGGGGUCUGA